AUGUACGAGUCUAGUCAAAAAAAUCAUUCCUCCUCCUCAAAACGACAGCAAAAACAACAACAAUUAAAUGGACAUACAAAUGGUCGAAUAGGAAGUGGAAGACGAGUACAUGUUGUAGACAACAACAUUUAUUCCCAACAACAUCCUAGUAAAAUGGUUGUUGAUCAUACUUGUAGUAGUUCCCCUCAACAAUGUGAUUGUUGCCCCUAUGGUUACCACAUUGAUUUGGGGUUUGUAAAAUUUGCUGAAGAUAUUGCUGCGGGGAAAGAACAAAUACAGGCACAUUUUAAUUCGAUUUUAACUAAAAAUCAGAAUUUUUGAAGAAUUGGUCAAAUGAGGAAAAGAAGCGGAAUCGUCGAUUGUUGGCAUCACCCAGUUCUGACAAAACUAUGCUGGACUUAUCCGGUUCUGACAUUGCAAAUAUUAGUUCCUCAUACCCAGCUAAUGAUUCAAUUCUUAG